AUGAGUGUUUUCGAUGAAACAGAUGAUGGUGCAGCAGGCUUUCAAGGUCAAACAGCGGAUGCUGUAAAUGUUGCAGCUCAUCAAAGCCUUGUCUCCGGAGCAUCCCUGGACAAUUUAGUCGGCAUCCAAGGAGGUUUCCUGACCAAAGAUGACGCUUUGGAUUCUAAUUUUAUUGCCUCCCAAGAAUUAUCCAACGCUCAGUUAUCUUCAGGAGGUCACAAUUAUAAUAUAGGAUAUAACACCGAUUCCAAAACUUAUCAGGUUGGCUCCUCUCAAUCUAAUUUAGGUUUAGUACAAGCGACUAAAUACGAAGAUGAAGGAAAAUAUACCAGCGGCUCGAUCAUAUUAGAUGAUUAUAGACUUCCGACGAAAUCGAAAGUAACUCAUGGCCAAACACAAAAUGUUGAUCAAUCGGGCAUAUAUCAAAGUGCUGGACAAACAUAUUCAGGGCGAUAUAACAAUGGAUAUACUGCAUCUUAUGUUACCUCAGGGAAUACUCAGUAUAAAACAAGUAUUAAUUAUGAUGACAAUUCUGGAGCAUACGUCCAUGAUCCAUCAGGAGAUUAUGCCGAACCUUACAGACAUCAAGAUUCACCAGCUGAUAUAUAUGUCCAUGAUGAUUCUGGUUACAAGCAAUCUAGAGAUAAUUAUGAUUACAGUAGAUAUUCAGGAUAUUCUGAAAGUAACACUAAUGGAAAAUAUAGCGAAGAUAACAGCGGACAAUAUAUACAUGACAACUCGGGAGCAUUUGUCGAUACGGGCUCAACAAGUGGAGCAUACAAAGAUUAUUCCGGUGCUUACGCUGAUUACUCAGGUUCAUAUAAUCAUGAUGACUCUGGAAAAUACGUAGCAGGAGUAUAUAAAACAGAUGCUGGGAUUUCCAAUUAUGGAUCAACGGCAUUAAAUAAUAACGGUAAAUCAAGCAGUGAAGUUAAUAUUAAACAGUAUCACGGAGCGUACAGUACUGCUCAUUCUGGAGAUUAUUUGAGUGACUCAAAAGCAUACACUGGCGCUUCGCAUACUUUGACAGCGGGUGCGAUUAAUGUUGGUUUGGUUGGUAAAACGACUUUAGUUGAUUCUGCAUAUGCAAAUCACGGUAACUAUCAAAUAAAUAAUGGGUAUAAUUAUGCUUCGUCAGUAAGUCAUAGUACUUCACAACCAACUGUUCAUCCUGGUCAUGUCUCUUUCAUUUCCCAGCCCGCUGUUUCUAUUCAUCAUCUCGGAACUGACGGCAAUAAUUUAGACGGUUAUGGCUUAGCAACAACUCCCACUUCAUCUGGUAUACCUACUACAGCUACUCCCUUUGCUGUUACAACAUCGCUGCCAAUCACAACGUACAAAACAAUUAUCCUACCUGAAGCACCUAAGACCAAUGUAAAACAAAUAUUUGGUUUUACUCAGCCAGCUGUAACAUAUGCGAAACCCACUGUAGUAGCAGUUAAACAACAUUAUGUUACACCUAAAGUGGAAGUAACUGAUUAUAAUCAAGCUAUCAGUUCAGGUCAAAGUGUUUCGCAUACUGUUCAACAUUCUAGUCAAUCUAAUGAAAAAUCUGGAUAUGAAUAUAGCAAGCCAAGCAUAAAAUUCGAAGAAAGUGUAACUUACACCACACCUGCUCCUGUUGUAUCUGUAUCUACGUAUAAACCUCAAGGAUUUAGUCACAGUCAGCAAACUUUACAUAAAGUAGAAUCAGUAGGUUUCGAUUAUGCUACUGCUACUCCAGUCAAUGAACCACAGUUUAAAAAAUUAGUAGCUUACACUACAGGAUCGUCUGUUAAUGUCCAGCCUACGGUAGCUAGCAUACCACAGUCAUUUAGCCAUCAAACUAUUCAUAAUAUUGACAAUAGCAACACUUAUAAUAUAGAAUCUGAUAAUUCAUAUGCUAAAGUUGAAUUUGCUAGUGAACAACCACAACAAAUAUAUGAAUAUACAACAGCACAACCAGCUGUAGUAUCAUCUACUUAUCAACCUCAAGUUUAUAAUCUGCAGACUGUACAUCAAGUAGAUACAAAUAAAGUUAAAACAUAUCAAACUUCUGAUGCUGGUUAUGAAUACAAGAAUCUAAAUUCUGGAUAUAAAUACGAGGCUCCUGUAAACGAGCCUCGUAUACAUGAAUAUACAACAGCACAACCAGCUGUAGUAUCAUCUACUUAUCAACCUCAAGUUUAUAAUCUGCAGACUGUACAUCAAGUAGAUACAAAUAAAGUUAAAACAUAUCAAACCUCUGAUGCUGGUUAUGAAUACAAGAAUCUAAAUUCUGGAUAUAAAUACGAGGCUCCUGUAAACAGGUUUGAGGAAGAACCUAAGACUGUCUUUACAUAUUCAACUCCAGCACCCAUAAUUUCAACAUACAAACCACAGUCUUAUAAUCAUCAAACAAUUCAUAAGGUUGAAUCACAGAAUUACAUUCCAGUGUCGUCAACUGCUGGUCCCAUUGUACAAAUAACUCAUCAACAACCUACUGUCUCUGUCUACGAGAAUCCUAUCAUAAAAUAUGCACAGAAAGUAACUCCAGCAGUAGUCACUAAUGUAGAGCAAAGUUACAAACCCCAGGCUUAUAGUCAUCAAACAAUUCACAAAACUGUAGAAAAUAAAGUUUAUACUCCAUCAGUUGAAGUUACUUACCAAGAGCCGAAGACAGUUAUUCAUUACUCAACCGCUCAACCCGAACUUGCUUUACAGCCUAUCGUAUCUACUCAACAACCCCAAGUUAUAAGUCAUCAAAUCUUGCACAAUGUGGAGGCAAGCAAAGUUGCUACAUAUUCUGAGAGUGAAGGAAGUCUUGCUUACCAGAACACGCCAGUGAAAAUACAACAAGUGCCGGAAACAAUUGUUCAGUUUUCUACCCCAGCUCCUAUUAUAAGUUCGACGUAUACACCGCAGACGUACAGUCAUCAAACUAUACAUAAAGUAGAAUCACAAAAGCUUUCCUCGGUCGUUCCUACAGCUCUUCCAACAGUGGAAUUAACUUAUCAACAGCCAACUGUAUCUCUUUACGAAAAUCCUCUUUUGAAAUACACUCAAACAGAAAAUGUAGUUAAACCUUCGUCUACGGUGUAUACAGAAAACUAUCAACCGAUUGUUCACCAACAAGAAAUCACUCAUGUUAGUCAACCUGUUCAAUAUCAACAGUCUUUCUCGCAUCAAACUAUACAAUUGGGUCAAGAAGGUUAUUCAUAUAGCCAACCUGAAAUACAAAGAAAUGAAGAGCUUGAUUUUGGAAAGCUCUAUUCUGAUGCAAACAUUGUCUCACAUCAAGUAUACCAUCAGAAUAACGCAAAAUCACAAUCAGACAAGGAUGUAGUAUUCGUGUCUACAACGCCAUCAUCUAUAGCUUAUGAAGAUCAUUAUGCUGAUAACGAAGAGGCAAAGAAAGUGGAGUACAAGGCUCCUGAAUACAUUCCUCCGACAGCAUCAACGUAUAAAGCGCCCGAGUACAUUCCUCCAAAGGUAGCUUCAAUACCAAUUGUUCAUCAGACUCAAGAUACAGAUUAUCAUAUUCCUGUUCAACAAAUCUCGUUCAGUACAUCACAUGUAACGCAACCUAGGAAAGAAUCUGUACAUAUUUCUACAUUCCCAGGAACUAAAGUGGUCACAAAAUACAAACAACUUGUCCAAGAUACUCCACAAAUUCAAGAAAAUUACAAAGCUGAAGAAUAUUUACCACCUAUUCAGUCUACAUUAGUUCCUGUAGUUUCAUCUACUUAUACCGCCACUUCUAAUACAAGGGAAUACUCGCCUCCUGUGUCUGUGCCACGGUAUAACGCUAAAAAUACUUAUAGUCCUUCAUCUACGACACAAGAACCGACUUUCAAAUAUGUCGACUAUAAUACGCAAUACAAAGCACCGGAUUAUUUGCCACCUACAGAAGAAAAAGACAACACAGUCAAAUUGGUAAAUUUUGAAAGUUUUGGUUUGAAAAACACGGAAUCAUCAAAACUUGGAUACAAUCCUUAUCAAGAAGAAGUUAUAUCUGCUACAUACGCUCCAGUGCAAAGGAAACAGAAUAUUGUUGUCGAAACGUCCAAAUCAAAUUUACUUGGCUUCGGCACAGUCGGCCCAGACGCGGGACUCGUUUCAUCAGCGAGUUUUACCACCUCAGCUCCAGUAGUGUCAACGACAUACAGACCAAUUGUUAAAUCAAGUACAACUAACCCGACGUAUAAAUAUGUAGAAUCAACUACGCAGUACAAAGCACCCGACUACUUGCCGCCGUCGGAAGAAUCGCAAAAUGUUGCAAAUUUCAAUACCUAUGACCAAGUAUCAAAUAUAAGAAAUCCGUACAAAGCUUCUCCAUCAGGUUCUUACAUAAGAAAACAGAACAUAGUCGUAGAGACAGCCAAACAAAACUUGCUUGGUUUCGGUACCGUUGGGCCUGAUGCUGGACUGGUCUCUUCACCAUCAAUUGUAUACUCUACAGAACCCAUCGUCGUUUCUAGUGAAAUAUAUUCUUCGACACCGAAAGCUAUAGUAACACCAUCUUAUAAACAAGAAUUAGUUGAAGUCACUCCAGCACCGAUUCGGAGAAUAAAACCGAAAGUGGCCGUUGUCACCAAAAUAAAUGAUUUCAAUCCAUUACUUGUAAGAAAAUUAGGAGCUGUCUGUAGUUGUCAAUCGCCUGUACUUGUCCUUAAAGGAAAGAAACCUAACGUGCCAGCACAACAAGAUUUUGACGAUUACAGUGAAGAUAAUUAUUAUAGUGGUCGUGGAGAUAUCAGCGAUAAUGAAUGGACACAGAAAUCUGCUAAAUUACGAGUACAAAAUGUGGAAACAGUUACCACUAGCCCUAUUAUUAAAUCUACUUUCAAUCCUAUUAUUGUUCCUGAUGAUUCAUAUUAUCAAGAUUUCCAAGAAGAAAACAGUUACGAUUCACCGUUACCUAAAGGAGAACGAAUAUAUUCAGAAAACUAUGUAUCAAGUACACCAGUUUACGUUUCGACUACUGAAAAGAUCAUCAAAAUAAGGCCACGAGUUAAAACAGUAACGUUGGCCCCAACGUACAAAACUGUAUUAUUAAAUCAAGAAGUUGCACCUACUGUCAUUGCUAAGCAAUCAGAAUCUGUAGGAUCAUCAAUAGAUUCUCAAGCAUUUGAUAGAUAUGGUCCAGGAGGUUGGAGAAGCCGUGACGAGACAUUACAAGGAUCGGUAGACUGUCAAAGAGCUGGUUUGUUCCGUCAUCCUAAGCAAUGUAAUAAAUUCUACGCAUGUAGAUGGGACUGUACUAAGCAAAGGUUUACUCUCCACGUUUUUAACUGCCCUGUUCAGUUAAGUUUUGAUGAAUCUCUGGGAGCGUGUAACUGGCCCAGCCAAGGUCCCGCUUGCCAAGGUGAUACGUUAUUAACUAAUACUCUAUAA